GCAGUUAUCAUUACAUCAAUUUAUUUCUUUCUGGCACUGUUCACCUCCAUCACCCCAUUUUUUUAUGCUUUGAGCAACAAACCUGAAGAAUUUGAGCGUAUGGAAAAAAUGGUCAAGUUCAUGUAUUUUGUACCAGAAAAAGGGUCGCAAGUACAAGCUCGGCAUAGUCCUGUUGUCCUGACCUACAGUCCACUGCUUUCAAAUACCAUGCAUAUUAACGAUUCCGAUAUUCCUGAUUACAUAAUGGGUUUCGGAACAGAUGCAAUGAUUCCUGAUCAAAUCCACCAAAAAUAUCAACCAAAUAUACCCUGCGUGACAUUUGGAAUUGUUGCAGUCAUAUUCCGAUAUCUUUUCGGUUGUUCUGCUGACUGUCUGAUUUUAAUCAUUGUUCUCUCACUUUGGUUUCCCGUUGCCGACUUUGCAAAAUUUAUUCGAAUCGAGAGAAGAAUGACAAAGUCCAUUCUGACACCAGCAGACGCAUUUGUGGAGUACAGAAGUUUGAAGAGGCUUGCAAACCUUAUAAAUGCCACCAUUAGAAAUCUGAUCAUUUUCGUUAUACUCCAAGCAAUAUUUUUCUACCCUGUUGGCAUUAAGCAGGUGGUUGCUAGUUGUGACAGUUCAGGGGUUCAUUAUAUUGGAUUUUUUCUAUUAAGUUUCUGCAUUACUUUCUAUUUUGCGGCGGAUAUCUGCAAACAGAUGCAGUCCUUCCAAGCCUAUUUACGAGAUGAACACAGGCAAUGGGAGUUUGCAAAGUUGGAUCGCUACAUGAUAUUGCAAGAAACUGUAACGAAUCCCAUUGGAAUUGCCGAUGAAGGAAGAUUUACCGUCGAUUUUCCCUUUGUCGCUGCGGUUACUAGCACAUUAAUGACGUACUUCAUUGUGAGCGUUCAGUAUGAUGAUAAACAUAAAUCAUAAACAUAGAACUUUUAUAGUCAAACAUCAAAUCUCAAUAUUGCAACAGUUUUGUUAUUACAUAUUGCAUAUUUUUGGGCCAAGUCAACACUGCACUUCCUGUUUUUUGAAUUCAUAUGUAAUAAAUAGUCCUAAUUCCUUUAUGAUUUUGAUGAGUUGUCAAUAU